CACGAAUCCCGAGGGACAAUAGUAUCGGACCCACCCACUCACUCUUCAGUUGCAGUGUGACCAGAAAUCUCUCCCAAAAUCUUGAACAAAAAUUUCAAGAAUUCUUCAAUCCCAUAACCCACCCACUCAAGGAAUCUAGCAAGAAUUCACCAGUUCCCUGUUUUUCAAAAUCAUGAAUCUUAACAUUUUCAAGAAAAAAACUUCACCCAAAGAUGCACUGCGGACCAGCAAACGGGAAAUGGCGGUGGCCACCAGAGGCAUUGAACGGGAGAUUGCAUCUUUACAAAUGGAGGAGAAUAAAUUAGUUGCAGAGAUUAAGAAAACGGCUAAAACUGGAAAUGAGGCUGCCACCAGAAUUUUAGCUCGUCAACUAGUUCGUCUGCGGCAGCAAAUAACAAAUUUGCAAGGAAGUCGUGCCCAGAUCAGAGGCGUGACAACUCAUACACAGGCCUUAUAUGCCAGCACUUCAAUUUCAACGGGAAUGAAAGGUGCAACCAAAGCAAUGUCUGCCAUGAACAAGCAAAUGGCACCUGCGAAACAAGCUAAAGUGAUCAAAGAGUUCCAGACACAGUCAUCACAGAUGGACAUGACGAUUGAAAUGAUGUCAGAAGCUAUUGAUGAGACAUUGGACAAAGAUGAGGCUGAAGAAGAAACAGAAGAACUUACUAAUCAGGUGCUCGAUGAGAUUGGUGUUGACAUUGCAUCACAGUUAUCCUCGGCACCGAAAGGUCGGAUUGCAUCAAAGAAAGUUGAAAAUAAUGUUGUCCCUAGUUCUGCUUCUGCUGAUGUUGAGGACCUCGAAAAAAGGCUGGCAUCUCUUCGACGAAUAUGAGAUUGAAAAGAAACAACGAGGUUCUCUUCUUAGUUCUGCUAAUGCUCUGUCAUUGAUCUUCCACAGAUAUGGAUGGCCAAGAAAUCAUGGAGCAUUGGAACACUUCUCUUAUAAAAUAUAUGUAUAUCAAGUGUUUGAAUAGAUUCAUAAAAAAAUUGUGAAAGCAAGAAGACUACAGUGUCUUUUGGAGCUGUUUAAUCUUAUCUAGUAUUGUAUAUUAAGCGUAUCAAUGUUACCAGACAUUUGUCUCAUAUUAUUAACUAAAUUUUUAUAA